AUGAAGCUGUUCGGAUUUCUCUUUACUAUUCUGAUUUUGAGUGCGAGUUUCAAUUUUCAGGCUGAAGGUGCAAAUGUGGAUUUAACACCAUGCUUAUCUGCAAACUGGACUUCAUGUGGCAUAUCUGUGGGUACGUUUAUUUAUGCAAAGUACAAUUCAUGGAGUAAUAUUGAUACAAAACAAGCUUUCGGCACAACCUGUCAUUCACAAUUCAAAGGUGGUUUUCAUCGUUGGCAAUGGAAAUGGAGUGGAAAAUUCUGGUGUCCAUCAUUAAGUACAAGCAUCAUAGGUACAAGUACGCAAUGGAAAAGCAGAAAUGGCGCUAUUGAACAUGCUAUUCAAGAUUAUGUCACAAAGAUGACAUCAGCUGGUCUAUUGAAAGUGGAACAGCUCAACCAAUAA